UUGGUUACAGAGUGAGAUAAUGGCGACGAAACACUGGACAGCCAUUCCGGUAUCAUUAAGAGAAGACUUCCUUGCAAAGACGAUUUGAAUUUCAUUCAUUAUCAGGGAAUAUUCGUAGACCAAAAUGGAAGCGGAAUUCGCGUUUUCAACCCCAACAUGGACUAACAAUGUACGAGCAUUCCUGUCUCAGUUCUCGGACGUGUUUAGCGCUUUUGCACGUUACAUCUCACCGUCCUACCAACAUGACAGAUGUGAACGCUCGGUGCAGAUGAGGCUCUAUGCCCUGAGUAAGAGGCAGUUUGUCGUGGUCUACAUUGUCUUUUUUGUGUGUUUUGGCAUCAGUGUUUUGAUCGGAGUUGCAGGACCUCCAAUUAUUGAAACUGUAACACAAAAUUCAUCUGCUUUACCAGGUUCUAGAGACAUUAACAAAAAGACAGGGCCAUUUGUUUUGAAAUCACCUCCAAUGUCCACAUUUCACCAACAACUGUGGUUAAUAGCAGAUGUUACUACAGACAGUCAAGGGGGGUCUCGAUUUGAGCAGCCUUUCACAGUCAGUGUGCAGAUAAGGGGACUUAAGUCUGAAGAUGAACUGCUUUCUUCCUCCCAGAACCCAGAGCUGACAGCACAGUCUCACAACAGAUCCAGGAUACUGCGGUGUUCCAAUACAUGUGACAAUCUAAUAUUGCUUCAUCUUGGAUACCUGGACUAUUACCGCUACAUUAUAACUAUUCAGUUCUAUGGACUGGAGGACUCCAAAUUCCACUUCAGUGACAUUAUAUUUCAUUUUAAAAGUUACAACACCUCAUUCACCAACACAGAGAUCUGGAUUAGAUUUGUGUUCCUGUUCCUGACCUUCCUUGUUACAUGUCUGUAUGCUCAUUCCUUAAGGAAAUUUUCCAUGCGUGACUGGUCAUUUGAACAAAGAUGGAUAACUUUACUCUUGCCAUUAUUACUCUUAUACAAUGAUCCUCUGUUUCCCUUGACGUUCCUUGUUAACAGCUGGGUGCCGGGAAUGUUUGAUGCCAUUUUCCAGGCCUCCUUCCUGUGUGCCCUGUUGUUAUUUUGGUUGUGUAUAUAUCAUGGUGUCAGACAGACUGACAGAAGAUUUCUCAAGUUUUAUUUGCCAAAAUUACUGGUUGUGGGUUUGAUAUGGAUAUCAGCUGUUACAAUAGCGUCUUGGCAGGAAUAUAAUGAACUUCAGGAUCCUACAUAUUUCUACAGGCUAGACACCACAAAUUUUACGGGUUUUAAGAUAUUUUUCUUUAUUGUGGGAGGCCUGUACCUAUUGUAUUUGCUCUACCUUCUGGUCAGGGCAUAUGCUGAGCUUCGCUCCAUGCCAUACUUUGACCUACGUUUGAAGUUCAUGACAUUCCUCAUGUUGAUCGUGCUGUCCAUCAGUAUUGCUAUCACAGCGAUGAAGUUCGGUGCUGCUGCCCUACAAGAUAAUUUUGUGGCUGAGAUUUCCACAAACUAUGAGAACUCUAUUGAGUUUGUCUCAUUCUAUGGUCUUCUGAACUUCUACAUGUAUACAAUGGCAUUUGUAUACUCUCCCUCUAAAAAUGCACAAUAUGAAACAAAUUUUAAAGACAAUCCAGCCUUAUCCAUGCUGAAUGAUUCUGAUGAAGAGGUGCAUUAUGGGUCUGAUGCAGAGGAAAUUAGUUUGACAAAUAGGAGAGGAAAUCGGUAUCAGGAUGAAGAGGAAACUUUUCAUUGAUAUCAAAGAGCUGAGGAAAUCCAUGACUAAUGAAUCCAUAACUGUUUAAUGAAAUCCAGUGAAUUUUGUAGAAACAAUGUCCGUCUAGGAUGUACUACAGUUUGUAGAGUGUGUAUCUGUGUCUAGGAGGCAGAACAAAAUGGUUUAGGGUGUAUAACAGUAUAGUAUGUCGUAAGAGGUACAUCAGUGUUCUUUUAGGACUUACAACACUUAAACGGUAUGUGUGGGAGGUGUACGUGGGAAUGCUCCAUAAUGUUGAUAAGUGAAAGUGGGAUUUUCAAAUUAAUUGGAGCCUUUAGUUCAAAUUUGCAAUUUUCUGGAAUUAAAACCAGUGUUGAAAUUUUACAUAUUAGUGCACUUUGUCACAACAAUCAUUCUAUAUUUAUUACGGGACAUACUUAUGACGCAGUUUGCUUGUGGUAUUUUUUCAGUUGUCAUUCUAAUCCGUGUUUUAGAUGAUGUUGAUUUGUCUUCUUUCAUUUCAUUGGUUCAACAAAAAUCUGAAGAGACAAACAACUCCACGUCUUGUAAUCCCUUGUCAUAAUCAUAGAUCAUAAUUCUCUUUAACUAAAAUUUCACUCCCAAAAAUUUGUUUUUACGAUCGAGUUAGUAAAUACAGUAAAUGAAAGUCAUUGUAAAAGAAGUCUAGAUAGCAGCGAAAUGUAUCAUGCAAGCUACAGAUUUAUCAAAAAUCCAAAUAAAGAGAAUAUGUUACCCUUGUUAAAAUCUGAUGUUUUCUGAAUUUUCAUUUUAGUUGUGAAGUUUGACAUGAAGGUGCCAUUGUUUUUGUGUGAUACAUUCCAUUGUAUGUUGAUUAAUUUACCUGGGUAUAGUUUAAUACUUUGAUGGAAUAUCACUUUAAUCAUCUUAUGCAAAUGGAAAAGAGAAAUUACAAUGAUGUUAAUUACGGGCUGUUAUUGGAUUUUGUAAAUAUGUAUUGAUUGUUAUGAGAUUGCAGGGUUGUUGGGUAUUGCAUUAACAGUUUUUGUGCCACUGUGUUAAACUUAUGUGUGAUUCUGGGACAAGAUAAAUUAAAGUCUUCGAAUUUAAAUGAGAUAUAGUAAGCAAAAAGUAAAGCAUUUUUGAUACACACAGAAGAUGUGUGUGUCAGAGUUACAAUACACACAGAAGAUGUGUGUGUCAGAGUUACAAUACACACAGAAGAUGUGUGUGUCAGAGUUAUUUCUUAGACGAUAAUUUUAAGAAAUUUGAUGCUGUUAAUUUAUUUUUUCAAAUAAAAAUAGUUUUAUACUCUCUUUUUCAAAUGUUAAUGCUUAUACAGAUAUAUUCAGAUUCAUUGAUUUUAUAAACCUAUCGAUAGCUUCACAGAACUUUAUUUCCGACUUGGUAUACUACACACAGUGUAACAAGUCUAUUGAUAAUUAGGACAUACAUUGAGGGGGGGGAAAUCAUUUCUUUAUAUAGAUGUGGAUAUAUAAGACAUUUUAUAUAGGAUCAUUGUUAAAAUGUUCCAUGGCAUUAUUGCAAUUUUCACCAGGUAAACAUGUAGAUGAUGGAGAUUAAUGGUUACUAUACAAUUAUGUGUUAAUGGAAAUGAUGGAGAUUAAUGGUUAUGAUACAAUUAUGUGUUAAUUUUUGUUCUUCUGUACUUGUGAAUUAUCUUAAGUUUUGUGAUAUUUGUUUUGUGUUAACUUACAAACAUAUGCAUCUACUUAAAAAAUUAAAUAUUAAAUACAAACAGCAUUACAGCCAUUAAUAUCUUAAUAGUUCUAAGCAAUUAACUUUAAGUAUUGUUACUUUAUUAGUGAUAGAAAUGGUAUCUUUAUGUGUUGCAAUUUUUGUAUUGCUAUAAAACUUAGUUCAACAUUAUAUAGUGUUACAACUGCAAUGCUAAAUGAUAUUUGGAACGUUUUUUUUUUAUCAGUAUUCAAUGGCCAGAAAAUCAUGCUAGGAAAAAGAAAAUGUAUUAAGCAAGGAAAUGGCCAGCUUCAAUAGGUUGGUCUGAGGGAUAAUUUGUCAUGGGGUCAGUGUCAAGUAGGGCUCGAGAUACUAGAUAUAGAUAGUCAGUGUGUUAACAUGUAAUAGGCCUACUGGAGUUUAAUAUUUCAUAUUGGGCUAUUGACCAGUCGAGCUAUAGGCUUUAAAAAAAAUACAUAUAUGUAUGUGAUAUAAUUUAUUUGACUGAAGUUUAUUUUUAAUUGUAUUUUGGUAUUGCAAUACUGUAAAAUAUUAUUUUCAGAUUUUUUGAUGGAUACAGGUAGCCAAAAAUAUUGUCGAACACAAAUGUAUAUGAUGUGCAUGUACUUAUAAUGACAAUGUAAUUUUUUGUCAGGUUUUUAAUAUGAAUUUACUAUUUCUUUUUUUUUUUAUUGUUUUCAUUUUAAGGAGGUUUGUCACAUUUUAAACUUUGUCUUGCUAGUUACUCUUACUGUAAAGAACAACCAGGAUAGAAUAUUUGAAAUGUUGAUUUUUCAAAGUAAAACAUGAAAAUGGUGUCAGAAGUCAGCCUUUUUGCCAUCAAAUGGUAUACACAUGUCAUUUAGAUAUCAAGUACAAUACCAUUCUAGUAUGAGGGGCACUCAUCAUUCUGAUCUGAAAUAGGGAGAUUUGCAGCGUGUCAGGCCUCAUGAAAUGAAAAUCAUUUUAAUUUUGUCAUUCAAUUUUCUACAAACUGGGCACAAGUAAUGAAUAUAACAAAUCAUACUUUGAAUAGAUUUAAUAUUGCAACUAGAAAUUUCAAGUUAAUUUUCUUUUUAAUUGUUCUUUUUGAUCUACUUUUGUUUGUGGAUGUUACUUUUUCUUAUUCUUGUGUAGAAAUCCAUGAUCUCUUCAUUUAAUAUGUCUUGUUUUAAUUUAAUAUUGGUACAACCAUAUGAAGGAACACAACCUGCUAUCCCAAGUAUUUGAAAUAAAUAUUUUUAAAUGAAAGUC